AUGGUCCCCCCCCUCGUCCUCCUGCGCUAUCGCCUCCGCGUCUCCCCUCUCCUCCACUCCACCACCCAGAACGCCAAGGAAGAGCAGCAGCGCAUGCGAACAGCAGCACAAUCUCUCUGUUUCUCCUCCAACUUUCCAACACCCUCCCCUCCCCGCAGCUACAACGAUGAGCAGCAGCACAUGAGAACAGAAGCAUCAGGAGCGUUCCGGGCAGCACUGUCACUAGUUCUCCUCCUCCUCUACUUCUUCCGGAUUUCCCCUCUCCUCCACUCCAGCACCACCAAGGAGGAGCAGCAGCAAAUGCGAACGGCAGCUGAACUAGACGAAUACUCCGAGCCUUCAUUCGACUCCCAAACACCAUUACGAGGGGAUUUCCGGGCAGAAACAGCAGCAGCAGGAGCAGGAGGAGGAAAUUUCCGGGUAGAAAGCGGCUCCCGGGCAGCAGGGAAAUCCUUUCCAGAGGAGGGUAAUGGAAUCCAGUCGUCGUCCAGGCACGGGCUGGUUAGCAGUGCCGACGUUCUUAAGAAUCCCUCGGCUUUUCGGGAGCUUCUGGCGGGGAAACGAGGGUGGUGGGGGGAAGAGGGGGAGGGGGAGGACGGGGGAGGGGUGACGGAUGGGGGGUUGGGUUUAGGUGCGCGGGGGGGAGCGGAGAGGGGAAGCAAGGAGAGGGGUGGGGGAGGAGCUGGGAGGCAAGGCGAGCGGCAGGAGAGAGGAAACGCGGUGGAAAGGCAAGCUAGUAAAGAUAGCAGGGAAAAAAACGACAACGGCUCAGGCGAUAGCUCUGGAAGCAGGUCCGGAAGCAGGCUUGGUGGUAACCCUGGAGCUGCGGCAAUGGGUAGCCCUGGGGAUAUCCCAGUGGUGCAGUUUCUUAGGGCGAGGACGGGGUGUGGGCGGGGCCGGUACGCGUUUGAGACGCUGAAGCAGGCGAGACGGCUGAACUCGCGGGUGAUUCUGAUCGGGCCACGGGUGUGCAAGAGGGUGAUGGAAGCGGAGGGAGUGCAGGUGGAGGACUAUGAGGAGUACAAGGGGGUAGAGGAGGCGUUUGAGAAGAACGUUGGUGAGGUGGUUUCGUACCAGGUGCGCUGGUUCAUCCUACACGAGUUCAUGCGCCGGUGGUCUCUCCCUAGAAUAUUUUACAUGGACUGUGACGUGCUGCUCUUUGCCAAUGUCACUCACUUCGUGCACACGCACUUACCCAAGGCGGAUCUUGCCCUGGCCGGCCGCACCCCCACCAUUCACGUGAGGGCAGUGAGUGCGCACGUGUCUCUCUGGUCACUGGACGCACUUGGAGAUUUCCUCAGCUUCUUCCGCCUCUUCUUCCAGCUUGGUGUGGUUGGGGGCACACCGGGGGAUCGAUCGCUGCCAGCCCAGCGCACAUACAACGACAUGGUGGUGCUGGGGUGGUAUGCUGCUCCCGUGUGCUGGACUAAUACUGCUAAGGACCGCAUUCCUAAAGACUGCCUGGCGCCGUCAAUGCGAGUCAUGAGUGCGAGGAUACGAGGCAGGUUCACCCCGGCCUUCAAGGCGGAGUCGUUGUGUGCGCCCAGGCAGUGUGAGGCGAGUGCUUGGAGCGAUGCCGGGUGGGCAGUCGUACUCGGUAUAGUGUUCCUCCUUUUCGCGGAUGUGAUCCUGAUCGGCAUUUUCAAGCGCUUUCCAGGCCAUUCAGCCGAUGGGGGCCUGUCUGCCCUCCAUUCCACGUCAGCAGCAGCCACGUCAGCAGCCAACCUCGUUUCUUCAGAGGCGACCCAAGCAGCGGCACAAGGGGCGACGCAAGGGGCGGCUGCUGAUAAUGCUGCUAAUGCUGCUGGUAGCAGCAUUGGUGCAACUUACCUCACUAAACCCACUAGCACUACUAGCGACAGCAGCACCAGUAGCUUCACAGUUCAUCCCACCACCCAGUCAGGCAACACCAACCCGGGCAUGAUCCCAGUGGUGCAGUUUCUGAGAGGGGAGGCAGGCUGCAACCGGGGGAGGUACAUGCAGGCCUCCCUUCGCCAAGCCCUGCUGCACAACACGUGGCUCAUUCUCAUUGUGUCAGCUGCUGUGCUACAGGUAUAUCUGUGUGUCCGCUGUCAUUCUGCUCUCCCCUCCCUCUCAUCAUGUACUUAUUCCCCCGGUUUCACUUUCUUUGCACAGGAGGCAGUGGCGGGGGGGACCCCAGGAGACCCCUCGCUGCCGGCUCAGCAGCGCACAUACAACGACAUGGUGCAGCUGGGCUGGUAUGCCAGCCCUACCUGCUGGACCUCCUCUCCCGACCAGGCGCCGAAAACGUGCAAGGACAAGGAGAAGUCAGCCCAGUACCCGCGAAUUCACGGCAAGUUCCAGCCGGCCUUCAAGGCGGAGUCACUGUGGCAAGAAGAGAAAGUUUCACUACUGCCCGAGAGAAGGCAUGAAGACACCAACCUCAGUGCGCUAUGA